GUACUGAUCAUUGAAUUUCAAAAUUUUUGUUCAAUGGUUCAAUCAUAUAUCUUUGACAGUUGUAUAAUUGAGAAUCUUUUUCAGAUAAUCACAAGUUACAUCUAUAAAGUGUAGGUCAUGCAGACCACUUGCAGAGUAAUGUAAUGAAUAGCUGUGGGAACUCUAAUACUAGCACGAGGCUACGUGGUUCACGCACUGAGACUCAAGACGAGUCUACAAAGGAGACUCAAGGAGGAGAAAUAGAAAAAGAAGACAGUAGCGUGAUAAGUUGUUACAGUAUAAAUGACUUUAAAGUACCACAAAACACUUUGGUCAUUUGUCAACGAAACUCCAACUAUUCUUCAGAUCACAGUUUUGCUAGAUUUAAGCCAAGUGCUGGUCCAAGAAAUGAAUUUCGAAUGGCGCGUGGUGGCAGUUCUGCAGACCACGCAAGAGGUGGAGCACGUGGUGGGAGAGCUUUUAAAAAGACACUCAGUGAAUCAAAUUCAGAGUCCAACUAUCACUCCACAUCUAGACCCAAGUUUCAAGAAUCGUUGAAAAAUUAUGAGAAUGCGCAAGGCAAAUACUAUGAUGAUAAAAGAGUAAAUGAGGACUCAAGAAUUUCCAAGCUGUUGCGGCGACUGUAUCGCGAGGAUGACUGUGAUCAUUUCAUGGUGCUUUGUAGACAAGUACAGGAAGGUAUCAUUGCACCUGAGAAUCAACGAUAUUUACGACGAAACUUGGAAACUACCUGUGAGAGUCUCUUAGAUCUUUUGCGUUCUGGUCCCAGUCAAGAGGCAAAGCAACAGGCUGCAAAAUGUUUGAGUCAAAUCGGAUAUGUAAUAGAACAAGAUUUUAAAAGAUAUAUGGACUGGAUCUUCAGUAAAUAUUCAUUGGAACAUAGAGAUGAUGUGAAAUGUUUAUUAAUGAAGUCACUCAUCGAGAUACUCAAGAUGGAUUCCAUGUUACUCAAAUUGAAGGAAUUCUCUGUGCCAAUGAUGUCUCAAUUACAAUCAAUAUUAGAAAAUGUUGAUAGAGCAGACUUAUUGGUAUCUACUGUGGAUGCUAUUUUACUCAUCAUAGAUUCCUAUCCCGAAACGUUCACGAAUCAUUUUCGUGAUACUGUGGAUAUACUUGUGGGUUGGCACAUCGAUUUUACACAACAAAAGUCAGUUGUCGCUUACGCUAGUCGGUGUUUACAAAAAUUACAUUCAUUUUGGAUAGCGGAUCUGCAGUUUUCUUUGACAUUAUUAGGCCAAUUUCUGGAGGAUAUGGAAAGUUAUGACGAAGAAUUGAACUCACCUGAGUCUGGUCGGACUUCGCCCGGUGAUGACGGAUUCCCGACACCGAGAGAGUGUAUUCUGCGAAUCACGUCAUUAAUAUCCGUCUUUAACACAGUAACAAAGAGCAUAGCCGAGCACUUAAAUCCAAACCUUACACCAAACGUGCAGUGGUCUUUCCUAAUGAAUUGUCUAUCAAAGAUGCUCAAGACCGUUGUCAAAGCGAUCGAAUUGGAAGAAGAUAAUGAUACUUGGCCCAAAAUAUCUAACAACAUGGAGAAUUUAAUUAAAUGUGUGAAAAACAUGAGCUCGUCGCAACAACAUGUUGAAAUGCUUUCCAAACAUUUCAAUAAAGACGAGAUUACCGAGGAAAAUCUCAUCAAGAUGAUGAAGUCAUUGAUCUUAAAUAAAAAAAAUGAUAAGAAAAAUUCCAAGAUAAUUUAUGAUAAAGGAAAUGUUCUGUCCAAGGAGAAAGGACAGCUGUUAAUAAAUGCAAUGCUAUCGAUGGAACCGAAAAUUAAAUCGAUUGAAAAUUUGUCGGAAGAAAAGGAAGAAUUGAUUAUAAUUGCGAAUGAAUGCGCCUUUCUGCUCCUUGGUUAUCUUCAAAGUCGCGUCGCGAAGAAUCAUGAGCUUCUCUAUAAAUUCAUCAAUCUUCAAUUACAGAGAGUCAAUAUUUUUUGGGACGAUACUAUUAUUUCAAUGUUAACUAUUAUAUCAAAAAUAAUAAAAGAAGUAUCUGCGAAUUUGCCAUUGGAAUUGGUGCACACGUUGCUUGGCAAGAGUUCGAUGCUGCUAAAAUUAAGAUUCCGAAAUUCUGUACUCAUUCAAAAUGCGAGUUUGGGAGUAUAUCAUAGUCUUCUAAGUUUAAAGAACAUUCCGUUAUUACAGGAAUCUUACCGCUAUAUAUUGGCGGAUUUGGAGAUCGCUUAUAGACUCAUACUACCAGACAUGGAUAACUUGGUUACUGAUAAUCCAUUGAACGAUUUAACAUACACGAAAAACGAUGUUGAGAUUGUAGUUACAUUCAUAUUACGCGCACUUUCGGAUAUAGCAAACGCAAGUAAUUCGAUUAUCGGAAUGUGGGCUUUGAAGCCCAGUAUAUUAGAACUUCUCGCUGUUAAAUUAAAACCAUAUGACACUACGCUGUCCACAGCGAGUCCAUUUUUGCAAUACAAUAUCCUAUAUUUGUUGUACGCGCAUUGCUCUAGGUACAAUCACUUCGUUCCAAGUUCCAAUUUAAUAACAGAUAGCACUGCUUGUCGUCCGAUGGAUAUGUUUCCCGGCACUUUGGAUGUACCAACUACAUCACCAGCUAGUGGUCAUUUAUCUAUAAUUCUCAAUCUGAUAGCCAAAACAUACAACAAGAAUGCGCCUGUAUACACUGUACUUCUUUUGUCCAAUUGGUUGCAAGAGAUUUACAUACAGUCUGAAAAAUAUAUCGGGAUUUUGAGCGAAACUCAGGAGUGCCAGAGUAUCAUUGCAAGUUUAAUCAGUUGCGGUGCUACGACUAACGAUGAUAUUGCGAGCGCGGUAUGCAAUCUUUUCAAAACGUUAAUGACUGCGAAGAACGUGGUAUGGAAGCAAGAGACUUAUUCGAGUAUCGUAGAUUUAGUGACAUUGCAUUUGACCUCGUGCAAUAAAACGAUUCGCGAAAAGUAUGGCGCGCUGCUAAUGUGUAUGCCCAUUGACAUUGUUAUAUCAAAAUUGAACAAGCAAUAUUUAUUCUCAGAUACCAAGAAGAUACGAGAGAUCGAGAUCUAUUCGACAGAAUCGCUGAUACUCGCUCAAAGAUUACACAUGAGAGGUAAUAACAACGGGGAAUUGCUAGCACAACAUUUCAAAACGUACAUGGCAUUUCUAUUGCAAGAACAUUAUCUCGACGCGUCUGGAUUGUCGGAGAUAUUUACAUUAUGCUGGCCAGCUGUACCGGAAAACGGGACUACGGCGAGGAUGUAUGAUUUGGCAUUAGCAAAUUGUUCGUUUCUGUUCUUCUGGAGUGGUUUCGAGGCAGCACAACACUGCGUACUCAACAAGCUUCGCACUUCUUUAGGGAAACCGCAAGAAACGUUCACUUCGAUCGAGAGUGCCCUGAAGAUUUUAGCUCGCGAAAUAUCAAGCCAUAAUACCGUAGACAUAAUGAAAAAGGAGAAAGAAACGCAGGGAUUAGAUCGCAUUUUGCACGAGCAUACGCGAGUGCGGCUUUUUGUCGAAUUUUUGGAACAUCUGGAGAGAGUAAUUCAUAAUGCGGCUGAUGGUUGCGCGAUGGCGCUUUUACCACUAUCGAAGCCGGUCAGAACCUUCUUUCAUACAAACAAAUCAACCUGCAAAGAAUGGCUGAAUCGCAUACGAUUAGCUUUAUGUGUGGUUUCGUUACAUUCGGGCUUGGCGACGAGCGCGUUACGAAAUGGUCAGAGAUUGCUGGAGGACUUGAGUAAUGCUGAUAACACGCAAGGCAUAGAAUUUGAGAGGGCAACGCUAUGGACAGCACAGGCGAUGGUCGCGCUUGGCGAAGCGGAAGCAUUGCAGGGGCUCUAUGUAUACACCAAGAGCAAAGAGAGAUCGUUCCCGUGGCUGAAAGCUGCAAUGGAAGAGGCUGCUGGACGUUACGAAUCAGCAACGGGUGCCUAUAAACAGAUCAUCGACGAGCACGUUCACGCUAAAAUAAAUGAUGAUGAAAACGGCCGAGCCACGAGACUUGAAAGCGAUAACCAAGUGCUAGGCUUCUGCAUACAAAGACUUUCCAACUGUUACAAAGCUUUGAGCGAUUGGUUCGGUUUGGUCAAUUGGAAGUCGCAGGAGACUGAUAUGCUGGCACAAGACAGUUAUGCUAUCCUGAAAAGACAAAUCACGGAAAAUAUCGUAUCGCAGCAAGCGGAUUGUCUAAAAAAAUUCGAGGAGGGCGAAUUGAUCUCCUUGGACGAAUUAAUGAAUUGGAAUCUGUUAAACGAAGAAAACAAAAGUAAUUGGAGUUGCGCGAAGACGCUGGCCGAGUGCAGUAACAGUUUGAUAAACGUUGCACUGAGGAUUCGUAUUAACGAACUUGACGAUUCGAUUAACGACUCGUUCGAUAACAUUAUCGAAAGAUGUCAGAAGGUCGCAGCUAAAAUAAUGCAGGACGGCUUGCGAAAUGUGCCAUCCGAAUAUCUCAGCGAUGCUAUACUGCUUCAAUAUUCCGCGACGGGAUUGAAGAAUUUGCUACGCGGCAAGAAGAACAAGAACGUUUUCGAGUUAUAUAAGACUGAUAAAAUUAAUAAUAUCAACUCGAACAUUUUAACGCAAGUUUUGUGGUGGUCCGAGUAUCUAGAUCAAGCAUGUAACAGUACCUCUACGGAAGUGGACAGCCUACGAUUGCACAUCAUCAGAACAGCCAGGAAGGAAGGUAAUUUUAAUUUGGCGAAACGAGAGAUAGUCAAGUACUUGAAAUCGGAGCGGGACUUGAUUCAAUUAAAGAAUCCGACCGUUUGCACCUUUACCGAGAUCACAAAUAGUAUGCUAAACGGGCUUGUUCAUAUAAAAUGGACCAAGAAUAGUAUGCGCGCGUUCAAGGAAUUAUCCAAGCUAUUAUACGACAUGGAGGAUACAAACAAGGCUUUGAAGAUGUGCUGCGCGACCGCGCUGGGAAUCUCGCAAGCAAUCAUUAGCGGCGAGCAAUCCACUGAUUUACGGGAGAUGGGAACUAAACUUUUGCUUACCCUGGGUAAGUGGAUACAGCAGGACUCGAACGUGAAUGAAAAUCCUCAGUUGGAAGAGUUGCUCAGAUUCGAAGCCAUGCAUAACGACGGUUUGAUGGAUAAGUUGUUCGGCGAAACGAUCGAUCUGAUUCCGACAUCCGACAUGAUAAUAGGCAAAUUAAUGCAACUCGGCGUGAAUCAAUGUCCGGACCUGUCGCGCGCUUGGUCCAGCUUCGCCGCUUGGUGUUACAAAUGGGGGCGGAAGAUCGUGGACAACUCCAACUCUGGUCAAUUGACAGACACAGAUCGAAUGAAUAUACAGUCGCUAUUGCCAAUGGACAUAGCUGAAACCGAUCUCAACGUUAUUUUCUCUAUAUUGAGCCAGAAUAAAACUAUACCCGAGGACGAGGGCGACAUCGACACGAAUGAUGUUAAUACAUCAGACAUGAUAGAAAAUCAGUUGAGGAACGUACCGUUCUUAAGUCACGCUAGCAACGAACAUCUCGGCAUGCUGGUCGAUAUCUGGCGACAGGCCCAGAAGAGAAUCUACUCGUAUUAUGAGCUUUCGGCGAACGCGUACUUCAAGUUUUUGCAAUUGGCAAAUAAUGACAGCAACGAAUGCGACACUAUCACGGCGACGUUGAGACUGUUGCGACUCGUAGUGAAGCACGCUUUGGAAUUGCAAAACGUACUUGAGGCUGGUCUCUCGACGACACCGACCGCGCCGUGGAAGGAGAUUAUACCGCAAUUGUUUUCGAGACUCAGCCAUCCCGAGGCCUAUGUAAGGACUCAGGUAUCCGAGCUGCUGUGCCGAGUGGCGGAGAAUUCACCGCAUUUGAUUACGUUCCCUGCCGUGGUGGGCGCGGUAUCAGGUCAGAAAAAGAUUUAUGAUAAGAUCGUUUACGAGAAACCCGAUGACAAAGACGGCUCGCAGAACGAUGUAGACAUGAACAUCGCCGCCAUGGAGGAGCAGGAGCGAAAAGAGAACGAAGAGGAGGAGGAUGACGAGGAGGAGAUGGCAGAGGAGGAAGAGGACGAGGAGGAAGAGACGACAGCGGAAGUCACCAUGUACAACGAUGAGCACGAAAGUUUCAUGGAUUCUUAUUUUUCACAGUUGGUUGACUGUCUCUCGAAUCGUAUCCAGGAUUCGGUGGUUCAAGUGAAGGUACUGGUAAGGGAACUCAGGCGAAUCACGUUGCUGUGGGACGAACUGUGGUUGGCGACAUUGUGUCAACAUCACACGGAGAUUACCAAACGAUUCGAGCAAUUAGAAAUCGAGAUUCAACGGGUGCAGGAUAAUAUCUGGCUUACAGUUGAAGAAAAGGAGAAAUUGAUCGCGGAAAAACAUAGGAUUAUUCUGAAGCCGAUUAUAUUUAUACUAGAGAAUUUAUUAUCUAUGACGUUCGUACCUGCCGAGACGCCGCAUGAGAAAAACUUUCAAGAGAAAUUUGGUGCUUCGAUAGAGGAGGUGAUAAAUCGACUCAACAAUCCCAAGAAUCCGGCCAAGCCUCAGAUAGCCAAUUUAGCGCUGAAGCACCUGGAGACCAAGUUAGCGCAACGUGUGCAUCGACGAGCCGCUUAUUCUCUAUCAAUGACGGACAUUAGUCCUAUCUUGGCCAAUUUCAGAGACACUUGUAUCGCCAUGCCGGGCGUUGCGGCCGUCGAUAACAAGAUCGUCACCAUCAUGUCGGUCGACAAUAAUGUUCAAAUUUUACCGACGAAAACAAAGCCCAAAAAGUUGAUAUUCCAUGGUUCCGAUGGUCACGUUUAUACGUAUCUGUUUAAGGGGCUCGAGGAUUUGCAUUUGGAUGAAAGGAUAAUGCAAUUCUUGAGCAUAUGUAACACUAUGAUGUCGAAGAAUAGCGAUACCAAGCUCUAUAGGGCGCGACAUUACUCAGUGAUUCCGCUGGGUCCUAGAUCAGGUCUCAUUCAGUGGGUCGAUGGCGUCACGCCACUAUUUAUACUUUACAAGCGAUGGCAACAGCGUGAAUGCGCCGUGAUCAGUAAGACCGGUGGAGGCAACUCUGCGAUUAUGCGACCAUCGGAAUUGUUCUACAAUAAGUUGACGCCGUUGCUAAAGGAAUGUGGGAUCGGUUUGGAGAACCGAAAAGAGUGGCCUAUUCACGUGCUGAAAAAAGUAUUGGAGGAAUUAAUGAGGGAAACUCCGAAGGAUCUAUUAGCCAAAGAAAUCUGGUGCAAUAGUAUCAAUGCUGGUAGCUGGUGGCAAGCUACAAAAAAUUAUUCCUAUUCCGUUGCGGUAAUGUCCAUUAUUGGCUACAUUAUAGGUUUAGGCGAUAGACACUUGGACAAUGUUCUCGUCGAUCUUAACACUGGCGAAGUUGUGCACAUCGAUUACAAUGUCUGUUUCGAAAAAGGAAAAACUCUGCGAGUCCCGGAGAAGGUGCCGUUUCGGAUGACGCCGAACAUCAAAACAGCUCUAGGUGUAACCGGUGUCGAGGGUAUAUUUAGGUUCGCCUCCGAGCAUACUUUGAGAGUGAUGCGUAGAGGCCGCGAAACGCUCCUGACCUUGCUGGAGGCGUUUGUCUACGAUCCAUUGGUGGAUUGGAGGGCGGGCGCGGAUACUAGCAUAGCGAGUUAUGGCGCUUGCCAAGCCAGAGCGAGAUGCACCGGCGUCGGAAGAAAACAAUUGGAGCAGGAACUGACACGUGCGAUGUUUGCAGUAAGAACGGCGGAGAUGCGUGCCGAAUGGCUGGCCAAUCGAGACGAAUUGGUUAAAACCUUGCCGUUGCUUUGCCAUCACUUGAACAGUUGGAUCGAAGCGACCGAAGCAUCGCGUCAGUGUCAAGAUUUAUUGCAGGAUCGACAUCAGCAACUCGCUUUAGUGAAGGAGGCGCAAGCGAUGGGUCGGAAUCACGCUUUGUAUUCGGUAGUGAAGCGAUUCAAUUCGUUUAAACGAGCGCGAGACUCUCACGAAAAAGCAAGAGCCGGCUUAAAGGAAAAGAUAGAAGAAUGCGAGAAACAAAUUAGCAUGCAUAACAUCGCGCUUGCCGCGGUGCGAGGACCUCAAUUAGGACAAUGGCUGGCAGAGUUGGGAGCUCUGACUAAUCAACAAGAUCACGUAGUAUUUGAUCUUGUGAAGGAGUUCCUGCAAAAUGCUGGACAAAGUCAGAUGAUAUUGCAGUGUGAGCAGUCAGAGAACGAGCUGACGCAAUUGGCUAGCGAUCAGGCUUUUUCCAUAAGCAAAUGUUUAGAACUGUUGAGCCAGUAUUCUGCCAUCUGCAGUUUGUAUCCUCUCAGCAUUCUGUCGCAACAUCGUACUGUGCUUUAUCACACUUGGGCAAACAAACUAUUAACUUCGGGUACUGUCGAGGUCUGUCACGAGGUCAUGGCGCAAUUUGAGGCGAAUCUAAAUCCAAUCAAUCCCAACAAUCCGCAGGUUCAGCAGAUAAUAACUUUCUCGUAUCAGAUGGAAGCGAUCUUGAACGAGUAUAGCGAGAGAUACAAGAAAGCUUAUGAGAGAACGGUGUCCGAAGGCUUGCCAGAGGCUAGCAACAGGAUUGAAAAAGCCUAUACGGAGUCCAAGGUUCAAAUUACAGGAUUUCUGCGACGAGAAAAGGGCGCGGAGAGAGCACUUGAAUGCGUCACCAUCACCGCGUUGUGUGCCUUGAACAAGCGAUAUCUGAUGAUGGAAGGCGCUGCCAAAUGCGCCGGAGAUUGCUUGGUGGAUCUUACCUCUCGUGAGGGAGAUUGGUUUCUCGAUGAAAUGCGUCUGAUGUCGUCAUUGAUCGCCGAGUUGAUAAUACUGAUACCGGAGAGUCACAAGACUAAUAACGAUCCUAAGAUCGCGCUAACCCUCAAGUGUCUCAAAAGCGCCGAUUGUAUCUAUAAGGGUCUACAGGAGCUUAACUACAAUUUCCAAACCAUUAUAUUGCCAGAAGCGAUGAAGACUAUCAUCACGGAGGAACCAAGUGUUAUGCGAAUGAUAAGCGAGCUCGGUGAAAUUGUAAUAAUGACCGGAAUACCACUCAGUGAUAUUCUGGCGCAGCUCGAGAUACACCUCCGAUUCACCGUGAUGGAAAUGGAGAGUCCGCAUGCGGUAGUACAGAGCGUAGUGGCUGACAUGAGAUUACGAUUCGAGGCAUUGCUAUCCCGACAGACGGAAGUUCAAGAUUCCAAUCAGGAAGAGACUUUAACACCGGGCCAGAUGUUGUUGAUGGGUUUCAACGGUUUGUUUGAAAAGUUGCAAAUGGAAGGUAAUUCCCUGGUGGCUAUCCUGAGCUCCUUAGAUGUACCAAUAAAUUGGAAAAAAAUUGAUCAGAUACGCGAGGCCAAGGAAAUGUCGGCGCCCAUAUUCAAUAAAGCAACUCGACAAGUUCUCCAGGAUAUAUUCUUGAUAAAAAGAUUGCACACUAUACAAGAGUUUUUCAUGAUGUGUAGGGAUAUCGCUACCGCGUUCAAAGGCGGACUGGCUAACGUUUACGAUGAUGAACGGCUCAACAAACCUGUCCGAAUGUUUACGGCCGAUUACGUCUCGAGGCAAUUGCUCGGAGUGACGUCACAGACCGUGGCGGUCGCCCUGUGUUUUCUGCUGCAGCGAAUGGGUCUGAAUGUAACCACCGAAAUCGAACAAAGAGACAUCGGAGCAGAAAGCAAGGUCUCGUUGGAGGAGCUAUGCCGAAAAAUGGUAGAUUUGUGCUUGAAAAGAGGAUUAUUCUCAGGUUCGGUCUUGGCGCAAGCGGGCGCAUUGAGCAGCACUUUAGAAAGCGCGUGGCGUCGGAAACAAACUGCUAGAUUGGCGCAGCAGAGCGCCGAAGUAGCCAGAGUCAGUUUUCAAAGACUUCAACUUCAGCAGACGGCUUAUCAUUGGUUACACGAGGACAUCCUAAUGAUGAGGCCCAAUAUGAAUCCAAUGAAUCCAAUGAGUCCGAUGCAUCCAAUGAAUCGUUUAAAUCGCUCUACUUUCAUGUUAGAGUUACGAAAAAAGGCAGCGAAACUGUCCAACUUGCAGUCGCGAGUUUGUGAAGCGCGCGAACAACAACAGAAUCUUAUCUCGAGCGCUAUACAACGUCUCAAGUGGGCUGCCGGCGCCAAUCCAGCACUAGGCGAAGUUAUGUCCGCGUUCGAUAACGCUGUCUUGUCAUCGUGUGACAAGUUAUCUAGGCAGCACAAUCUAGCCGCGAUGGUGGUAAGCGCGUGUAAUUCAAUAUUACACUACGAGGCCCUGAGAACCAGGACAUCAGAGAGUGUGACGCACGAUGCCAAUCUAGUCAAAUUGAUCAAACACUGGGAGGAGAGUUGCAUGCUGACUAUCAACCUGAAUAUUACUGUUACCACGAUAGAGGAGAGCCUCGUGCAGCUGUUACAACUGGAAAACAACGUGGACGCCGCAUGGUUGAAACAGGCCGAAAAAAUCGUGUCCGAGACAAUAAUCGACACUCAGAAGAAGCUACAGGAGAAACAAGAGGCUCUUUUCACGGCAGAAGACUAUUUGAGAGAGCGAGUUAUGAAUCUGCAAAACGUACUCGCCGAACAUCACCGACUGAUGUCGGACGUUAGAGCGUUACUAAAGACAAUGGCUAAACAGGAGAAUAUUGACGGUUUGCAAGAUUUUUUAUCCGCUUAUCGGUCCUUUACGGAAAACAUAUCGACGGUGGUGAAGGAAUUGGAAGCUGAGAAUUUCGAUUCGACUCACGGCAUGGUGAUCAAGAACGAAUUGGAAGUGAUGACAAUUAAAGUGCCCAGACUGUACAAUCGAUUGCUGGAAUUUGCAAACGAGCGUAAUCUGAAUCCGAUCAAGGGCACGGAGAAACUGGCGGAUAAUCUGCCGAAGAAGAGAAGAAAGAGGAAGAAGAGUAAACUGAUGCGACAAAACAGUGUAUGUUUGAGUCCGAGAAAGGGGGCACCAUUGGUCAGAGACCCGACCACGGGCAAGGCUGUGCAAGAGAGAAAUGCUUACGCGCUGAACGUGUGGCGUCGCGUGCGCAUGAAACUCGAAGGCCGUGAUCCGCAACCGUCACGCAAAUACACCACGGCCGAACAGGUGGAAUACGUGAUACGUGAAGCGCAGAGCAACGAUAAUUUGGCCUUGUUGUAUGAGGGCUGGACACCGUGGGUCUGAACGAACGACGGUUGGCGCUCACGCGCCUCAAUGGCUCGACAUUCGUCUCACACGGUACUCAAAUUCGUACCGUCGUACCUGCGUCGCCCUACGUUGCCGUAGGAGGCAAAACACUCCGCUCGAAACCAGGUGAUGGAGUAUUUGGCAAAAACAUCCGGGAAACAAGUCGGUUUCUCAGCUUGAUUGCGGAUCGAUCUCUCCGACGCGACAACUGGAAACCUAUUAUGCCGAGUGCCGAUUCUACAGUUGUCUCAAAAAUGAGAUUGAUGCAUCUGUGAUCUGUUAUACUUAACGAUUCUUUUUUCCUCCCUCUCCUCUCUCUCCCUUUUCCUUCCCCUCCCCCCCUCUCUCUGCCUGUCUCUUCUUUGAAAGUAAACGAGAACAGAUAUACGGUAUCGAACACAGAUAAAUAGUAUUCUUUUUGAAGGUCACAAAUUUUUGAGAGAAACAUAGAAUCGGCCACGUAUCUUUACGCUAAUGGUGUAGUCGCGAGAAGUUCGGCUGACGAUAUUGACAGGAAGUCCGAUGACGAUGAUAAGUCUCGAUAACGGUCGUAGCGACGAUUACGCUAUCAAUAUUCAUUAUGUAAUGGUUAAUACGAGCUUUACCAUCGUGUAAUGCCAUCACGUCAAAGAAAGAACGCCUGACCUUUUAAUCGAGAUAUGUGGAUCAGUGUUUAUGCCGAUGUAACGUUGCAUAAUUCUCGAUAUAUGGUGUACAUGAGCACACUUGACCAUUAAUUCAGAAUUCGAAAUUACAUAAAAACAGCAUUAUUUUUAAACCGAGAUAAAAAGACAAAAUUAUAAAAAAGAAAAGGAUCCAAUUUAACGAGAUUAGAAUAAUCUAUUGUUAUUGAGUUGUAAUUAAGGUUUUUGCUAGUUUACUGUAGCCAUCUUGAAUCGCAUGAUGUCAGAAAUGAGAAAAUACACGAUGGAAAUUCUUGCAAGACACAGCAUAGUGGGUGUGUUUUUUGAUAAAAUAAUGUUUGUAGUCGAUGAAAACGGGUUUUUAACAUAUACCGAAGCGAAAUAUAAGUUUUUAAUAUAUUUUAAUAUAUUUUACGGGCCUGUUUUGUCGAACGCAAACGUUAUUUUAUCAAAAAAUAUUCGUGUUGCGCUAUAUCUCGCAAAAAGUAUGUUUUCUCGCCACUCAUAACUCGCCACGGUUUGAGAUGGUGCAGUGGGCUAGCUGGGACCUUGCCAAACCAUCUCCAAACUCAAGGCAUACGUACCCGUGUGUGCGACCGUACGUAUGUAUAUGUAUUAAAAAAAAAAUUUUAGUGGAGCGAUCGGAAUUUAUUAUCGAUCAAUGGGACAAAAUCAUUUUUGCAGUAGGUACACGCAUGGCUUUGACAAUUUGCCGCGUCUACUUGGUGUUUCAGUUUUACUAUUAAUAUCGGACAAUCCGGGCAAAA